GGGCCGUGCGUGUAAGAUAUCUUUGGCAGGCUUAAGCAGCUUGAGUCGCGUUAUCGAACUCGCAAGCGCAUACAGGGGCACACACUGUGUCUGAUUAUGUGAUUCACUGCCACCACUUCUCUUUUGCAACCAUCUCAUUUGUGGGGGGAUCAUCAUACCAACCUGAAACCCAGUCAAGAUGGAGAUGAUCACAUUCAACGCUCAUUAUGGCUAUGCAGAAGGACUAGUGCGUGGCUAUCAAAUGGGUUUAUUGGGCAGUCAACAAUAUGCAGCUUUGGCACAAUGUGAAACGUUGGACGAUCUGAAGAUGCAAUUAAGUGCGACGGAUUAUGGUAACUUCUUGGCAAAUGAACCUUCACCACUUUCAACUUCUACCAUUGCAGAAAAAGCAACGGGUAAGAUGGUACAAGAUUUUGAUUACUUACGUCAGAAUGCUUCAGGAGAUUUAGCAAAAUUCUUGGAAUAUCUAACGUAUUCUUACAUGAUCGAUAAUGUGAUCUUGCUCAUCACAGGAACGCUGCAUGAACGUGAUACACAUGAGCUACUACAAAGAUGUCAUCCUUUGGGCAAGUUUGAAUCAAUGCCUGCACUUUGUGUUGCAACCACAGUCGAAGAGCUUUACAGAAGUGUAUUGGUGGAAACACCUUUGGCACCUUACUUCCGCGAUUGUCUCUCUGCGUCAGAUUUGGAUGAUUUGAACAUUGAGAUCAUUCGCAAUACACUAUACAAAGCAUACUUGGAAGACUUUUACGACUUUUGUCAGAAAUUGGGAGGGCCUACUGCUGAAGCAAUGACAACUUUGUUGGCCUUUGAAGCAGACCGAAGGGUACUCAACAUCACACUAAAUUCCUUUGGAACUUCAUUGUCGAAAGAGGAUCGCGCACGACUGUUCCCAAGUAUUGGAAGACUAUUCCCAGCAGGAAACAAUGUUCUAGCAAGAGCAGAUGAUAUCGAUCAAGUGAAAGCCGUUUGUGAUUACGUACCGGAAUACCGAGCCUUCUUUGGAGAUGCAACCGCAUCUUCUGAUGGAGAUUCUCCCGCUGAUGGAUUAGAGGACAAGAUGUUCAAGGAAGAGACAAGAUUAAAUAAGAUUGAAACUAUCAAUCAAUUCCAAUUCGGAGCGUUCUAUUCGUGGCUAAAGUUGAAGGAGCAAGAGAUUCGUUCGAUCACAUGGAUUGCAGAGUGCAUUGCACAGGGCGUUCGUGACCGCAUCAGCGAUUUCGUCAACGUGUAAGCCUGGAUCCGCAUCAUUGUACAUAUCAUAUCAUUCUAUCAACUAUUACGUUAGUGCUAUUAUACAAAGAAAAGGAAAGGACUUCUUGUCACUUCUUGCUGGUGCGCAUACGUCUCUUCUUUUCCGCUUUUGGCAUCUUUGUCUUUCGCUUUUCACGAGCGGCUUCUUUAACUUGCUUUUUACGUU